CUUAUUCGAGAAGUUUAUUAGCUAGCUAGCUAACUAGGUAACGCUUUAGAUAUCCAAGUUAGCUAUCUGGCUAGGUUAGCUUGUUAGUUAGCUGAAUCUGUAGUUUUAUCUAUCGCUAUCUAACUAGCUAUUUUUGUCGUUUUUAAAGUUUUAUUUUUUAUUUUGUUUUGUUGAAUUACCCUUUAGCUAGGUAUCUUAACUAAUGAAUAAUAGGUUAACAUCACUAAAAAAAACCUUGUAUUUCGCGGCGGGGUAUUUUGUAAUUAUGUAACUAUGUACUUAGUUAACAUAGUUAAUAUUAACUUUUUUGUUCAUUUCAAACAUACUUUCUGUAGCUGCUGAUGGGUUGGGAUGAUAUUUUGAUAUCUAUAUUAAUCUACGAAACCUUUUCAGUUUACAUAGCAAGCUAUGUUUUCAUUAAUGUUUUUCUUGAACGACUAGUUUCAGAUUAUGACAGAUUUUCAUGGCAUUUUCAUGGGAUUAGGGUCAGGAAUGCUGAAUCGUCCAUUCUAAAUACAUAAAUUAUCCUGUUUAUAGUUGAUAGCGUUAGUUGUUUUGUGUUGUUAUCAUACUUCGUGAUCCAACUUCUUGAGCAGAUACAUAUACAGCAGUUGGGUUUUUGUUUGUUUGUUUGUGUUGUUUUUGUAGCUGUCACUCUAGGGAUACUUUUUAACAAUUUGUUUUCUACUGUUCUACAGCAUGUAUGUUCACUGAUGUUUGUAUGGUUCCCACUUCUAGGUAUAGAAAUAGUUUUGUAGAAUUGCCAUUAUUUACUGUCAACUGGCUUAAGUUAUCUUCUAUUCAAGAGAGAAUUUCCUAGAUGUUCCUAGCCCUACAACUUGGCUUUGACAUUGUUGGACCCCUGAGGAAGGCUCUUAACCCUCUAUUGCUUAAGUUGUACUGAGUCAUAAUUGUAAUUGCUUUGGAUAAAAGUGUCAGUUAAAUGCUGUAAAUGUAGAUGUUCAUGUUUGACCUUGAUUGUUUAAAGUAUAUCUUGAGUAGAGAUAUGUCAGUGUAAAAAUUGUGCGAGGAAAGUGCUUGUGUGUUUGUUUCUUUUUAUUCAUGGUAUUGUGUUUUUUUUAAACCUCUUUCACAAAUUAACAACAUUCCUCUUGAUUUGCUACUGUGCGAUCCUCUUUUUUUAAGCAAGUCAUAGCCUUAGAGCACCUGUAGCCUCACCGUGAAUUACUAUGAAGCCUCCAUCUCGUCAGCGAAUCUUACCAUUGCGUUUUCGCAGCUUAAAGAGGGCCGAGCCAAAUCACAAGUUCAGCAAACUCUGGUAUCUCUAUGAGUUGCGCAGCCUUCUGCGUGGUUUGCAACAGCAGAAGAUGAAUUCCAAUUUGAAUCUGACUGAGCUUCGAAAGAAACUGCCGAAACGCUCUCUGCUUGAGAUACAGAAUCAGAUAAGGUCCUUGAGGACCCGCGUGGUGAAGCGGGUGCAUCUGCAGGUCCAAAAGCAGAGACGUGAGGAACAAAAGGCCAAAGCACCAAUUCAGAUAUGGGCAGAACUGGCGCAAAAAAUGGCUGGUAUCCAUGAGGAAACUAUAUCCUCUGCCUUCUCUCAAAUGCUUGUGAUUGCUGCCACAGAGCCCUGCAGCCUAGGGCACUCAGAUCCUCCACGUACCACUGACACUCCUGUAGACAGCAACUUGCACACCAAACCUAGGACUCAUAUGUUUAGGUCAUGGCCUGCCAGUGGACUGCCUUCCACUCCUCCCCCAGUGACUCUACCUGAUCGAAACAGUGCAACCCCCGUUCAGUCACCUGGCACACCUGUGGUUCUGAGACCCUCUGCACAAGACUCCACGCUGUCUCCACUUGUUCUGACCUCCGUUUUCAGUGUGGAACAUAAUUACAGUUCAACACAGCUAGGCAGCGGAGCAGGCCAGGAGUCUGCAGUGCCAUCAACACCCUGCACACCUAAAUCACACCCCAGUGAGCCUACAAGCAGUCCCAUAGUCUCAACUCCAGCCCCGCUGACUCCCACCACGAGUGCAUUGUCCACUGCUGCAGUAUCACGUGGACAGUUUAGACAACACCAGAAGCCUAUAUCGGAUGAGAAUAAGUGUGUAGUGGAUUUUGAGAAGAUUUAUCAAAUUAUGAGCAACAUUAACAAAAGUCAUAAUUACAAUCUGCCUCUCAGUGCAAUGGAGUGCGCUGUGCUUUUGGACCUGUUGAUGUCGUUACCUGAAGAGCUCCCCCUGCUGGACUGCAGGGAACUACAGCAUCACCUGCUUCAGGUCCAAAAACGUCUGACCAUGGCAGCAGUGAUGCCACUCUCCUUUCCCAGCACGGACCAGCCUGCAGUUACUGAACCAGUCUCAGAUAAAGUAACAGAAAAACAAAGCACUGCAUCUCAUCAAAAUGUUGAAUGCACUGAUAGUUCUUUACAGAUCCCUUUACAGGAUCUUCAAUUAGAAGAUGAUUCAAGUGUAGUGAGAGAGCAAGACAAGGCCUCUUCUGAUACCUUUAGCCCAUCCUCAGUGGUGAGGUCACCAGCUGAGGAAGCUGACUGGGAGGCAGUUGGCCUGUGCCCACUGAAUCCAUUCAUGGUGCCAGUAGCCCUCCUUAAACGACGGGAGUCCACGUAGUGCAGAACUAGUUCCUGCUUAUGGGUUAGUCUAUAAACCAUGAUGCUGGGGAUGGCGAUAUCAGACUUGUGCUUGGCUUCAUCAUCCAGUUUGGUCUAAGUCUGUGUUUCAGUUUGUAAAGUUCCUUUUGAGCUUCAAAAUAAAUCUGUAUGGUAAAAUAAAAAUACUUUUCACAUUA